GUGCAUUCCUUAUACCGUAUUUGUUGACUUUGUUUUUUGCUGGGAUGCCCAUGUUUUUCUUGGAAACGUCCUGGGGUCAACUGACUGGUAUUGGCGGAUUGGGCAUCUGGAAACUAUGCCCAUUGUUCAAAGGAGUUGGAUAUGCAGCCGUCAUUAUCGCCAUGUGGCUUAACAUUUACUACAUCGUCGUCCUAGCCUGGGCGUUAUUCUAUCUGUUCAGUUCUUUCACCGCUGUCCUGCCUUGGUCAAAUUGUAAUAAUUGGUGGAAUACUGCAGAUUGUGAAUCGGAAUAUACAAAACACAAUUGUUCGUCUAUGGCAAAUUCUACGUUUGAUUAUCUAUAUUCUGGAAAUCCAAAUCAUACAUCACUAGACAACCUGACUGUAUACGGCCAUGCAAACUCAAGCAGUAUUGAGAUAUGUAGAAAUCAUACAUCACCAGUAAGAGAAUUUUGGGAGCGCAAUGCUCUGCAACUGACGGGAGGUAUAGGCGAACCUGGUGACAUACGGUGGCAGUUAGCCCUGACACUUCUGCUCGCCUGGAUCAUGUGCUACUUCUGUAUAUGGAAAGGUGUGGAAUGGACAGGAAAGGUUGUGUAUUUUACUGCCCUCUUCCCGUAUGUCUUGUUGAUAAUCUUGUUGAUACGAGGUGUAACUUUGCCAGGAGCUCUCAAUGGCAUUAUCUUCUACGUCUGGCCAGAUAUGAACAAACUAUUGGAAUCAUCUGUUUGGAUUGAUGCAGCAACGCAAAUAUUUUUCUCAUAUGGACUCGGCCUUGGAGCAUUGGUAGCGUUAGGGAGUUAUAACCAGUAUCACAAUAACGUUUACAGAGAUUCUAUGAUAGUGUCAUUUGUUAAUUGCUGUACAAGUAUGUUCGCUGGCUUUGUCAUCUUUUCCGUCAUUGGCUUUAUGGCUCAUGAACAGGGAAAACGAGUGGAAGAUGUUGCAGCAUCGGGACCUGGUUUGACGUUUUUGGCCUACCCUUCGGCGAUUGUCCAACUUCCUAUCUCACCGUUCUGGGCAAUACUCUUUUUCCUUAUGCUGACCUUCGUGGGCUUGGACAGUCAGUUCUGCACAAUGGAAGGUUUCAUAACGGCUUGCGUCGAUGAGUGGCCGCAUCUUCUAAGACGUCGUAAGGAACUCUUCAUAGCUGUUGUGUGUGGGCUAUCUUAUCUAGUAGGACUUUCUAUGGUUUCACAGGGAGGACUUUUUGUGUUCAAAAUAUUCGACUAUUACUCUGCAAGUGGAUGGUGUCUGUUAAUACUGAUAUUCUUUGAAUGUAUCGCUAUAUCUUGGGCGUAUGGUGUUAAUCGAUACUAUGACGACUUGAAGGAUAUGUUCGGGUUCUAUCCAAAUAUAUACUGGAAGAUUUGCUGGACAGUCAUCACUCCAAUUAUUUGCUUUGGCGUAUUUCUCUUUAGUUGUGUGUCAUUCAACAGACUUAUACUAAAGAUGCCGAGUGGCAAGGAUUACUUGUACCCUGUAUGGGGGGAUGCAAUAGGCUUUGUAAUGGCCCUGUCCUCUAUCAUAGUCAUCCCAAUAUAUGCCAUCUACAAGAUCGCCAUAACACCAGGAACAAUCCAACAUCGUCUGAGAGUACUUCUACGAGCGAACAUCAGAUUUCGACGAGAGAAUGGGACAGGCCCGCCAUCUUAUACCCAUGUAAAUGACAGCAAACUACCUGUUAAUGAGGCAACACCUUUAUGAGGUGAAGACAAAGAGACAACUUGUGUCAAAAGGAUAUGUACAUAACUUGCUAUUGAUUCAACUGGAAGUAAAAUCAUUAGAUUCUGUAAAAGUCAAAUAUGUCAAAAACUUUCAAGUGUGUUCAUGACUUGUGGUUUAUAGAAGUUUUUGAUUUUCAAUUUGUAAAAGGGAGGCCAAUGGUAUGACAUGUUCUGUUUUACAUUUAAGUGAUGAUAUCAGAACAGUACAUAGAAAAGCUGGUCUCACCGUUAGUUACAUUUAUAUUGUGUCUGGUUAUGGUUAUGACAAAUGCUAUGACAUGGUUUGGUAUGGUACGAUAACAUAACUAUUAUGACUUACAAUGUCAGUCCAGACGGAGAACAUCACAUAAAAUUUGAUUGAAUCCUACCUGCAAAUGGGAUUAUUCCUACAAACUUAACCUACUUCAAUGAGGUUCCAUUUCUAGUUUCAAGUCGCAUUGUGACUAAUGUCACAAAAAACCUUUGGAAAUGUUGUCCUCGUUUGAAUUGGUAUUUACCUAAGCACAAUUGGGUAUAUUGUCUAAAAAACCGACUUACAUGUAGGUCACUAACAUAUACAUGUUUACGAACCUUAAGAUAUUGCAAUAUUACUGACGGCCUUAAUAUCACCACAUUAAGAAAUAUAUUAACCUUAUUUAAACAUAUCUGAACGCACAGAAUCUCAAAUACGAGUAGCACUAUCAUUUGCAAAUGUGUAAAUUUCUCUUUGUAUAGAAUAGAGAUGUAUAUGUGUAUUAUAGAUGAUAUCUUGAAAUUGUACUACAAUCUAGAUGGAACUGAAUGUUUUAUUAGGCUAAUUUAUCAUAGUUUGCAGUUGCGUAUACCAAAAUACAAGUAUGUGAAACCCAUAAGUCAAUUGAUUAAAGGCAUAUAGUAACUAUAACAUUUAAGGAACAUUUUUACUCAUUUAUAGUAAAACCCUCAGAAAACAAUCUUGGAAUAAAUUUCUCAAUUAUUAUGGAAUCUUUAUAAACAAUUACUGAAAGGAAGCAUUCUAAAAUUCCAUGUUACGCAAUAUGUUACAUAUACCCACCAACUUUGAUAUGUUUGUGUUCUUUGGGUAUUUAUAUGCCUUAUUUGCUGGACAUUUGCUUUAUAGGACCAUGGGAGGUAUCGCAGCAGAUUUUAGACAGUCAUUUGUUGACUAUUUCCGGAAGAUUUAAAAGAUGCAUAUGUUAGGCCAAUGUAUUAUC